CUUUUCCUCUCUGUGUGUAUAAUUUUGCACACAGUGUAGGUUAUGUUUUUACUUCGCUUCCUCACUUGUGCAAGGCUCUUUAAGCAAUGCCAGCUUGUGAAUGACUUCUAGACGAAUGCAAGAUGUCCUUAAAGAGGCUCAUUCAACAGAAUGGUAAUGCCAACUGUGUGGGCUACUGUGUAAGCUCAGCUUACACCCCCUGCUUGGACCCAGUCAGUAGCCCACCACUGGACAACAAAAGGACCCAGGCACCCAUAAAUUCAUUGGGGACAUUGUCUAGGGACUACAAACAGCUUGCUUUAAGUAGAACAAGUUCCUUGGGUGACUCUUCUGGACCACAAAGAAAGUCACUUAAGAUCCUGAAAGAAGAUAAUGAAACAUUUGGAUUUGAAAUUCAGGUUCUUCCAUUUCAGCGUCAAAGUAAUAACUUCUUGGAAACUUAUGCUUAUGUCUGCAAAGUAAAAGAAGGAAGCCCUGCCUUUCUUUCCGGACUCCAAAGCGGUUAUAUUCUGACCAGUAUCAAUGGAACGAGCACAGAGAGGCUCUGCCGCAAGGAAAUGGUGGACUUGAUGAAAUCAUCAGGGAAUCUUUUAAGGUUAGUUAUUGUGAAUGAAGCCUUGAUUGUGAAAAGAACGGAACUGGAAACCAAGCUGCGGUUUUUGAAGAAAACUCUGCAGGAAAAGUUGGUAGAAGUUCAGUCUCUGUGCUUACGAGAACACCACCUUGCUAAUGGGGAAGUGGAUUCACCACUAGAUUCUGUGGGAUUAGAUUCUUCUAACUUAUUUGGAGAUGGUGUCGGGCCAGGGUCAGCCAUUGCAAAUAAACCCCGAUUUUCUAGUGAAAGCAGCUGCUUAAGCCGUUUAAGCUCAAUGACUGUGGACAGCGAGGACAGCUUCUACCAAGCCUGUGUUUUUGAGGAUCUUGCUAAUGGGGCCUUUAGUCGGCAGUCAAGCACAGAGGAUGACUGCUUCCUCCCAAGAGACACUGCCAUUGUGAAGACUUCACUGAGAAGGCACAGAAGCAUCAGCGUGACUAGCAGCGGAUCUAGAUCCCCCUCGUGGGAUCAAGGCAACACCUCAAACAUUUUUGGGACGCUCCCACGGAAAAGCAGAAAGAGUAGCAUUCGAAAGCGGCUGUUGAAUUUCAUCCCUGGCCUUCACCGAGCCGUGGAAGAGGAAGAAAGUCGUGUCUGACAACUGGAACACGAUCAGAACUACAGUCUCUGUUGAAAAUUUGGGCUGCGACUUGCGGCUUUGAUACCAUGUAGUGCCUGCACGUCAGAUUGUCAAUCAAUGAAAUCAGCAGAGGUGAAACAGUUCAGACUGAAAGACUCAUUUCUUUUCCUGAAAUAGCCUCAAGACUACAGCAAUGACUACAUAUAUGAAUUUUUGAAUUAUUAUUUUUGGGGGGAGAAGGGUGGUCAGUAUUCACUAAUAACGUUGACACAACAUGGGCCUGACAUGAUUAGUAUACAGUAUGUGCUAGGGACUAAUAUCUCAUGAAUUUACUUAUUCCCCAAGUCUUCAGCUGCUAAUAAGAAAAUUAGGUAAUAUACUUAUUUUCUAGAUAAGCAAAACAAAGGCCCAGUUCACACACUUGGUAUUACCAGAAUAUUUCCUCCAUGCAGAUAAUAAAGGGUCAUAUUUGCCCAUCAUUGGUAUUGUAUCCCUUUAUGGUCACAUGGAAGAAGAAUGGCCAGCCCUACCAUUAGGCAGAGGGAGGCAGCCACAUUAGGCAGCAGGUGUCCAGAGUGUCUUACAGAAAAUACAGCACUGUAAGUGGAAGUGCUUUACUAGAAAGGUGUUGUUGUUGUUGUUGUUUGUAAAUAUAUUUGAAAUGGUGUUACACCUGUACCCGCUUUUAAGAAUAGAAAAUGAAUAUUUGAAUUGCAAAAAGGAAUCUCAAGGGUCGUCAACAAAUUGCAAAUAUUGGGGGACACUCAUCAAAAUUUAAAAACAAUAACACAAAAAAUUAAAGCUCAAACAUGCCAAAAAUAAGAUAUUAAAUUUAAAUAUCCAAAUUGAAAAACCUGAAUUUUUAAGAUUUGCAUUUCUACAUCUAUGGUUUGAAGAUGCUUAUGUAGGCCCAUCUCUGAAGCUACAUGGGUCUGUGCUGGGGAAAGGAAAUCUCCUGGGAACUCUGGGCUCCCUAGGGAAGGGAGGUUAAACCUCUUUCAGCCUGAGAACCGAAUUCAAUUUCAGAGAGUCUCUCAGGGACCUCCUUCUAGUAGUGGGAGGCCAAAGUUCUGACUGCCAGUAACCAGGUCUUAGGAGAGGCAUUUCAACCUUUUAGA